GAUAUCUAUGUCUGCAUGAUCUCCUCCGCACACAAUGUGGCCGCACAGGGCAAGUACAUUGCCAUCGCCAGCACAACCGUGGAGACCAAGGAGCCCGAGAAAGAAAUCAGACCAGCUCUGGAACUCUUGGAACCAAUUGAGCAGAAAUUCGUAAGCAUCAGUGACCUCCUUGUACCAAAAGAUUUGGGAACAGAAAGCCAGAUCUUUAUAUCCGUACGUAUGAUGCGACAACUCACUUUGAGACAACCUGUGAUGACAUUAAGGACAUCUAUAAGAGGAUGAUGGGAUCCGAGUUUGUCUUUGAGGAAAUGAAGCGCAAGAAAAAUGACAUCUAUGGGGAAGACUAACAGCAGUACAUGUUAUCAUCUAAUUAGGACAAACUUAAAAUUUGGCAAAUGAUGCAUAUUG